UCAAUUCUAAUUAAAUUUGGGUCAGAGAAAGUGAUCUAUGGUUUUAAUUUAAUUUCUUUCCAUUAAUUAUUUAAUUUGUUCCAAUUUUCUUUAAAUUCCAUUAAUUGUUCAACUAGUGUUCUCAUCACUGCCUAGUAACCGAUUGAUUUCCAUCGCCAUGAUUGUAAAAGAUUCACCUGGUUAUCAGAGGUUAAUCCUGUUCCUUUGAGCCAGAAACUUGAAACAAUACAUGUAACAUUAAUUAGUAUUUGUUUCGCAUUUUUUUUUUGUAUUUUUUGCUCUCACUUUUGAUCUUCUUCUCAAGGUUUUAUCAUUGGCCUCACCUUUACUUCUUUCUUACCUGUGUUAUUAUCUAAAAUUAUCUAAAUCUCUUUUUACUAUCACCGUUGGUGUUGGCAUUGGAGAAAUUUGUUCGUCGUGUUAUUUUCGAGAAAAAUCUCUCACAUCAACUUUUUCCGGCUUGUUGAUUUAAUCUCUUCUUGUCUCUGUAUGGAAUCAAUAUGGUUCGUUUCAUUGAAAUGCUUGAUAAAUUCAACUACUCAUGGGAUCAAGUAGUUAGAGCCUUUUGGUGUCGGUAUCCUAACCCUUAUAGUAAUCAUGUAUUAACUGAAGAUACCAUUGAGAGAUAUGUCGAUAGUGAUGGUCGUCUAAUUAGUAAACGAUUAAUUUGUAAAACAAGUCGACCACCAGGAUGGGCUGAAAGAUUUGUCCCAUCUAGAAUAUGUUAUAUCCUUGAGGAAUCAAUGGUUGAUCCAGUGAACAAAAUUUUUGAGACCAAUACUCGUAACAUUGGAAUGCAAACAAUAAUGACCGUUGAUGAGAAUGUUAUUUAUCGACAAUCAACCGAUAAUCCAACUACAACUCUUGCCGAGAGAAAAGCUUGGAUUAACUCUAAUAUGUAUGGUUUAUCUAAAGCCGUUCAAGCCGUUGGAACUGAAAGAUUUAAACAUGGAUGUACAAAAGCAGUUAAAGGAUUACAAUUAGUUCUGGAUACCAUGUAUUCAAAUGGGGAGACUUCAAUUGACACAAGUAAUACAAUUCUUCAUCCUUUACUCAUGGAAAAAUUGAAAGAAAAGGCUUUAUCAAUUAAGGAGAAAGCUAAAUUAAAAGGAGUGCCUUUGGUUACGGUUGCUGCUUGCACUGAGAAUCAAUAAAUUGGCGAUAAAUGAUCAUGAGAAAUCACAUGGAAACAAAAAACUUGCUCACCUGUUAUUAGAAUUGUUUAAUUAACAUACACACACACACUUAAUAACCAAUUGGAUUAUCGAUAAAGAAAAAUAAGAAUAAUAUUAAUGAGUUGACAUUGA